UGCAGUCGCAAUAGUGAUCAGUUGCGCAUGGUAUCUGCCGAGAGGUACAUACAUGGCAAAUGUGGUCAUGGAGCAUCUACACUCGCCCAUCACAUUCUUUUUCUUUUUUUUUUGCUCCUCCCGUCUAGGCUGCCAUUCAUCCAGCGCGUCUGGGUGAACUCUGCUGAGAUUCCUGUUGCGCCUUCUCAUCAUGAGGACACGCAAUCGUUUCGAUGCAGAGGGUCGCCAGACUGUUCCUUUCGAUGGGGAUAGUGCAGCUUGCUCAACCGCGAACUCUUGGUUCUGUCACCUCGAGCUGCAGUCGCAAUAGUGAUCAGUUGCGCAUGGUAUCUGCCGAGAGGUACAUACAUGGCAAAUGUGGUCAUGGAGCAUCUACACUCGCCCAUCACAUUCUUUUUCUUUUUUUUUUUUUGUACUAUCUGACAUUUGCUUACAUUCUUCACGACAUUACGCAUCCUUUCAAGAUGCGCACAACACGGCUUCUCCAGGGCUGCCUCGGAUCUGUUGACCCGCGUAUCACCACCAUUCAUGCCUUCUUCCGCGAGAACGAUGCUAGACACUGGGGUGAGGUCGAGAUUUUUUUCGCUUACAGACACGUGACCAAAACUCCUCACCAACACCAUGAGGUGUUCAUGGAAAACCUGAAGAUAAUCGCUCAUCACAAAGACAUCUCGGAACCACUUCAGAAGCGCGCAAGAUUCUUGUGUGAAUCUGUUCGAUAUGACAAGUUCAUGGAGACGUUCGAAAAUCUUUUAUUGAAAACUGAGUCAACGCGUGCCAAAGUAAGCGUGCGAGGAUUGUAUCUCCAUGUUGCGCGGGAUGCAGGCGACAUCCCUGCAUCUUCUUCGAGUUCAGCGGUGCCAGCCCACGCCUCAUCGUCUUCCACGCAUGUCCUUGGUCCAACCACGCAGACCGCCAAUCCAACCACGCAUAUCCCCAAUCCAGCCUUCUCUUUACCCUCUCAUAACCUUGAUGAAGGCACUGAAUCCUCGACGCGCAUCACAGAUCCGGCUUCAUUUUUGGACUCUCAUGUGCUCGGCCAAGACUCUGCACAUUCGACAUGCAUCCCCAGCGCAGCUGGCCAGAAGCAUCCACGCGAUCCCUGGGUCGAACUGGAGGAGGCACCGCCUAAAGCUCCCCGUAACUCGUCAGCUUCGCCCUUAACUUCAACGUCAUCAGGCUCAACAGCCGCGAACUCCACAACGUCAACCGCAGGUGAUUCAGCGGUGGGCAUGAGUGCAGGAAGAGCAGGACCCUCAUGCGCAAGUACCGAAUUGCCGCCAUUCCCAAAUGCUUCAACCGCUCCCCCAGGAAUGCCACCAUCGUUUGCUGCUUCAUCGUCGCGUCUGGGAACCCCUCCCCUUUAUUUUGGAGCUGCUAUCGACUCAACCUCCUCAACCACUGCCGCAACCGAUUUGAUAGCCUCGACAACCAUUACUGGAUCAGCAGCUGGCUUGAACACUUCGGCCGCUGUUCCGGGACUGGCAUCAGAAUCGAAAAUCUCAGUCAGAGGUCUUGGACGCGUUACUGACUCGAGCUCAGUUCCUGGAUCAUUAUCAACCACAGAUGGACUCCCCACUACUCAUUCAAGCCAGAUCAUGACUGGCGCGUCAGACAUACUUCCAGGAUCCCCCGGAACGGUCCUAGCCGCACCGCCAUCAGAUGAUCAAUCAACAAUCAUCAACGCAGAUGAACGAGCGAUUCUCCUGUCACAAAUCGAGAAGAUCACGCAUACUUGUGCACCGCAGGAAGGCAAGGCAUGCUCAACUUGCCUCUUCAAGAAGUACCAGCGGCUCAGUGUGGAUGCCCUUGUGAAAAGCCAGCUGAAGAUCAUGGAAAUUGCAGACGUGGUAUCUUUGAUGGGGAUAUUCGUGCCCUCGAGACCAACCGAAAGGAUGAAAUCCGUUUUUUCAGAUGAAAUUCUUCAAGCUUUCAUCAAAUCGCGCGAGAUCACAAAUGCGGAGUGGGAUUCUGUUGAGUUUAACGAUAGUUUGGCAAUGAAAGCUGUUAAGGUACGUUCAAUAUUGUUUGCUUCACGCUCAUUUUGUUGAUGCUCACUAAUGUUUUUCCCUCUUUUUCUAGCUUUGCUUGCAAGACCGAAAGGACGAUGUGGCGGCGACUCUUGUCCCUAUGAACAAGGACCACAGGCCCAUCCGUAUCAUGCUUGAAACGCUGUUGGAAUAUCUC